ACUGGUGGCUUUUGGGGAGAGACAUGGCUGAGCUACUUGCUAGCUUGCCCGCCUGGGCAGCUGUGCUCCUUCUCUUUUUCGCUACGGUCUCCGGAUCCACUGGCCCUAGAAGCAGGGAAAAUCGGGGGGCGUCCCGGAUCCCUUCCCAGUUCAGCGAGGAGGAGCGUGUCGCUAUAAAAGAGGCGCUGAAAGGUGCCAUCCAGAUUCCCACAGUGUCUUUCAGCCACGAGGAAUCCAACACCACAGCCCUUGCUGAGUUUGGAGAAUAUAUCCGCAAAGCCUUCCCUACAGUGUUCCACAGCAGCCUUGUCCAACAUGAAGUCGUGGCAAAGUAUAGCCACCUGUUCACCAUCCAAGGCUCAGACCCCAGUUUGCAGCCCUACAUGCUGAUGGCUCACAUUGAUGUGGUUCCUGCCCCGGAAGAAGGAUGGGAGGUGCCCCCGUUCUCAGGCCUGGAACGCAAUGGCUUCAUCUAUGGCCGGGGUGCGCUGGACAACAAAAACUCUGUGAUGGCGAUCCUGCAUGCUUUGGAGCUCCUGUUGAUCAGAAACUACAGCCCCAAAAGAUCUUUCUUCAUUGCUUUGGGCCAUGAUGAGGAGGUGUCCGGGGAAAAGGGGGCUCAGAAGAUCUCAGCACUCUUACAGGCAAGGGGUGUCCAGCUAGCCUUCCUUGUGGAUGAAGGGAGCUUUAUCUUGGAAGGCUUCAUUCCAAACCUCGAGAAGCCAGUUGCCAUGAUUUCAGUCACUGAGAAGGGUGCCCUUGACCUCAUGCUGCAAGUAAACAUGACUCCAGGCCACUCUUCAGCUCCCCCAAAGGAGACAAGCAUUGGCAUUCUUUCUGCCGCUGUCAGCCGACUGGAGCAGACACCAAUGCCGAAUAUGUUUGGAGGAGGGCCAUUGAAGAAGACAAUGAAGCUACUGGCAAAUGAGUUUUCCUUCCCUAUCAAUAUAGUCUUGAGAAACCUGUGGCUAUUUCAUCCCAUUGUGAGCAGGAUAAUGGAGAGGAACCCCAUAACAAAUGCGCUGGUCCGAACUACCACAGCCCUCACCAUGUUCAAUGCAGGAAUCAAGGUGAAUGUCAUCCCUCCAUUGGCUCAGGCUACAAUCAACUGCCGAAUUCACCCUUCGCAGACAGUACAUGAGGUCCUAGAACUUGUCAAGAACACCGUGGCUGAUGACAGAGUCCAGCUGCAUGUGUUGAGAUCCUUUGAACCCCUGCCCAUCAGCCCCUCUGAUGACCAGGCCAUGGGCUACCAGCUGCUUCAAGAGACCAUACGAUCUGUCUUCCCGGAAGUCGACAUCGUCGUCCCCGGUAUUUGUAUUGCCAAUACGGACACCCGACACUAUGCCAACAUCACCAAUGGCAUGUACCGGUUCAACCCCCUUCCCCUGAACCCUCAGGACUUCAGUGGUGUCCAUGGAAUCAAUGAGAAAGUUUCCGUUCAGAACUACCAGAACCAGGUGAAGUUCAUCUUUGAGUUCAUCCAAAAUGCCGACACUUACAAAGAGCCAGUUCCUCAUCUGCAUGAACUAUGAGGCAAGGAUCCAGCUGGGUGAGGGAUGCCCAGCACUGGGCUCAGGACUAACCUAAAGGGAGAGAGAGCUGGUAUUAAUGAAGGGUUUGGUGGAAACCAUCCUGAACAGAGUUCACCUGCCUGACUUCCCUCCUCCACUCACCAGGGAUUGAGGUCCCAGGAGGAAAGGGAGAUGAACAGAAUCUGCCCUGCUGUCCUCCUGACAUCUGCGUUCUUCCUCUGAGUGGCAACUACUGCCUUCUGGUGUGUCCUGCCUGUUGGUCUGUCUCAUGCCGAUUAUUAACUAUUCCACUUUCCCAGCCUGUCUUAACAAAUACAGAUUUUGGAAAGACCUCAAGCAGGUUUAAAUACUAGAGUAUUGACUUCAGGUACCUGAGGCUGGACUGUCUUCUAGAAUGCCCUUUCUCCUGUCUUCUCUCCGACUCGGGAGCUGCCCCUUGGCCUCUCUCUUCCUGCCUCUGCUUUCUUCCUCCAAUCUCCAGCUCAUUCCACAUCUGGAGUUAAGACUCAAACUUAGAAGCUCCCAUGAUCACAGUCAAAUAGAAGGGCCUGUGUAAUGAAACUUGAGGUGGAGACUUUGAGAGAACCCCAGAACUCCUGGUUCCAGAGACUUGGGCUCUUGGGAUUUUGUUCCCCUGCCCUGCCCUGUUCCUGCCACCUGCUGUCCGGCCCCACCCCAGGAAGCAUUACUCUACAGAAGCAUUUCCCUGGCACAGUGUACGGGCUGAGCUCCCAAGAGAGGAACACUCAAAAUCCAGCUUCUCAGCGGUGCCCAGAGCCAGCAGCGCCCUGGUCCUCGUGUGUCCCAUUUCAGAAUGACCAAGGGGAAGUGGAGGACAAGGAGGACAAGAGAAGCAAAGGGAGGUAGCGUCCAUUAAAGUAUAGCAGAGCUCCUGUCUUCGCUCUGGACGUCAACCCUAGGCUAUUUGAAUGUGCCCAGUAGCUGCCAGGUGGGGGGCACUGGGAAGCAGCCUUUCUUGGCUCAAGACCAGCAUCUCUGCUCUGUGGCUCACAAGGGAGUGGAGGUCACAAAGGGAGACACAGAAAUGGAGCUUGGAAGGCUCCGUCUCUUCCCCUCUCCAGACUAGGACCUUGUGUGUCUCCCAAGGCUUUGACAGUUCUAGGUUUGCUUGCCUCCUCCUCAGAGAUCUCCAUUCUCCCUCACUCCCAAGUCCUUACCUUCCCCCCAGGAUAUGAACGGUUCCUUGAAGCUCUGGCUUAAUGGGUAACGUUUAGAAACUGUGGGGAUUAUUCCAGCUUUUUAGCUACUCCUGCUAAGAUUCACAUUCCUUCCCCGACUCUCCCUUUUUGGACAAUUCAGUACUUAUUCAGCCUUCAUUGAAGGGCAAGCUUAAGAACAAAAAUAGUCCUUCACUUUUGUGCAGAGCCCUACGAGAUAGUCUUAUAGACGCUUCAUCUCAGCCCUGUGAACACGCUAUCAUUACUCCUUCUUACAGAGAUGGACUCGAUUCUGGAAACAGUGUUCAAACCUUCAUUACUUUGUUCCCAGCCUCAUCAGUAUUCUCUGAUCCUGCAUCACCUACUCCCCAUCCUACAUCACCUACUCCCCACUGAUUUCUUCUUUAAUUCUCAUGACUACUGAGGCAUGAGUGUGUAAUCACAUGAGGGAAGUAUUCACAGGGAGGGAACAUAGCCGGCUGGGGCUUGCUUUUGUAGGGUUAUUAGGAUUAGACAAGGAAUGGGGCUGAGCUCCAUUAAUUAAUGGCUUUUUAAGGAGAGAAUUUGAGAAAAUAGACACAUUUAAUCUGAUUUGGAAAAUGUACCAUGAAUACAUGUGUCAAAAUAUCACAGUACUUCACUAAAUUAAGGGGAAAAGAGAACAGAAGACAGACGGGUUCAUACAUAUAUUCCCUGUGUCUUGCCAUGUGAAGUCCUAUACCAUCUCUUAUGCGAGGAAACCUAUUCAUCAGGGGGCAAACUAGUGUUCCCCACAUGAUUUUAAUGCUCCAGAGCUGUGAGCCAAAAUAAACCAUGCUCAACCCGGU